AAAAAAAGUAUAUAAGUUCGCAGUAUUAUGAAAGAAUUUUGAGUUGACUUUUGGAACUAACCCAAGCUAGAACAAUGAAAUUCACUUUGUCCUUAUUGAUUGUUGCAGCCGUUAUCGGUUGUGUCUUCAGUUGCAGCGCUGUAGAAUAUGAUGCCUAUAAGCUUGAGUACAACAAGGUUAAUAAGAACGAGGAAGACAACUCCAGACGUUUGGCAUUAUUUUGUGCAAAUUUGGAGGACAUUGAGAAACAUAACAAGGAAUACGAGCUGGGUCAUGUCACUUACAAAAAAGGAAUUAAUCAAUUUACAGACGUUUUUCCAGAAGAAAUGACGAACUACAUGGGUUGGAAUUUGGGAGGUUUAAGAAGAGUUUAAAAAUUUGUGUAAGAACAGCAUUGCAAAUAUAGUUUUUAUUUUAUUUUGAAAAGA